AUGCGCGGAGCGCGUCGCGCACGGCGGCAGUUGGACCGUUGGCUAUUCGGUCCUGGGAUACGCCGCGUGUCGGUGAGCAGUCGGGGCUGAGCCGCGAGCCGUGAGCACUCGGACUCCAGCCGGCGCCAGCGAGCCCGGGGGUAUCGCCUGCAGCGGCCGAGCUCAUGGCCGGCUGAGCGGGACGCCGCCGCCGCCGCCGCCGCCUCCUCCUCCUCCUCCUCCUCAGCCGGCGGCGGCCCGGGCCCAGCAGCCAUGGCCGAAGUUGCACGCGCGCCCCCGCCGGUCGCCAUGGAUCGGAUGAAGAAGAUCAAAAGGCAGCUGUCGAUGACACUCCGAGGGGGCCGAGGUGUAGACAAGACCAAUGGUGCCCCUGAGCAGAUAGGCCUGGAUGAGAGUGGUGGUGGCGGUGGCAGUGACCCUGGAGAGGCCCCCCAACGUGCCGCCCCUGGGGAGCCUCGCUCUGGACGGGGCCCACUCAGCUCUGCACCAGAGAUUGCGCACGAGGACUUGAAGAUGGGGUCUGAUGGGGAGAGUGACCAAGCUUCAGCUACAUCCUCGGACGAGGUGCAGUCGCCAGUAAGGGUGCGCAUGCGCAACCAUCCGCCACGCAAGCUCUCCACUGAGGACAUCAACAAGCGCCUAUCACUACCAGCUGACAUCCGGCUACCUGAGGGCUACCUUGAGAAGCUGACACUCAACAGCCCCAUCUUUGACAAGCCCCUCAGCCGCCGCCUCCGCCGUGUCAGCCUGUCUGAGAUUGGCUUUGGGAAACUAGAGACCUAUAUCAAGCUGGACAAGCUGGGUGAGGGCACCUAUGCCACUGUCUACAAAGGCAAAAGCAAGCUCACAGACAACCUUGUGGCACUCAAGGAGAUCAGACUGGAACAUGAAGAGGGGGCACCCUGUACCGCCAUCCGAGAAGUGUCCCUGCUCAAGGACCUCAAACACGCCAACAUCGUCACACUACAUGACAUUAUUCAUACGGAGAAGUCCCUCACCCUUGUCUUUGAGUACCUGGACAAAGACCUGAAGCAGUACCUAGAUGACUGUCGGAACGUCAUCGAGAUGCACAACGUGAAACUGUUCCUGUUCCAGCUGCUCCGUGGCCUGGCCUACUGCCACCGGCAGAAAGUGCUACACCGAGACCUCAAGCCCCAGAACCUGCUCAUUAACGAGAGGGGAGAGCUCAAGCUGGCUGACUUUGGCCUUGCUCGGGCCAAGUCAAUUCCAACAAAGACAUACUCCAAUGAGGUGGUGACCCUGUGGUACCGACCCCCUGACAUCCUGCUUGGGUCCACGGACUACUCCACACAGAUUGACAUGUGGGGCGUGGGCUGCAUCUUCUAUGAGAUGGCCACAGGCCAGCCCCUCUUCCCGGGCUCCACAGUGGAGGAACAGCUGCACUUCAUCUUCCGCAUCUUGGGAACCCCAACUGAGGAGACAUGGCCAGGUAUCCUGUCCAACAAGGAGUUCAAGACAUAUAACUACCCCAAGUACCGAGCCGAGGCCCUUUUGAGCCAUGCACCCCGACUUGACAGUGACGGAGCUGACCUCCUCACCAAGCUGCUACAGUUUGAGGGUCGCAAUCGGAUCUCUGCAGAGGACGCCAUGAAACAUCCAUUUUUCCUCAGUCUGGGGGAGCGGAUCCACAAACUUCCUGACACUACUUCCAUAUUUGCACUAAAGGAGAUCCAGCUACAAAAGGAGGCCAACCUUCGGUCUUUGUCGAUGCCUGACUCAGGCAGGCCAGCUUUUCGCAUGGUGGACACCGAGUUCUAAGCCACAGACCCAGGCCCCAGCAGGCAGCGGCCAGAGGGAUGCCAUACCCCUCACAGGGCAGCCCCCAACUACAUCCCCCGUUUGCUGCCUGCCUACCUGCCUGACCUGUGCUUGCCUGCCUACAUGUUCCCUGCUGCCUGCCUGAACACCCGACCAUUGGCCUGUCAGCCCACCCAUUGGCCUGUCUGCUGGGUGCUAACAAAGCUCUCAUCACUCCUUUGCCUGUCUGUCUUGUCUGUUUCUCUCUCCCCUCCCUCCUCUCUCUCCUUCUCCCUCUUUCUCUCUC